AUGACCAAGCUGGAUUCUAUCUCUGGUAAGAGAAAUAAAGGAGAACAUUCUUUUACGCAAGUGACAGAUUUAUUGUCAGAUCCAAUGGAAUUAGUUGCUACUAGUUUUUCAAUGGCCAAUACUAAUCCAAACUCAGGAGCUCUUACUACGACAGCCGUGGCUGGUUCUUCUACGAUCUCCGGCUCAUCCAGACUUCCACUUAUUCCUAUAGCCACUUCUGGUUCAGUAGCUAGUGAAGUUGGAGCUAGAUGCGUCUCCUUCCCAACCGAAUACCAUCUCCUCCUGUCUGGUUCUGACCCUGGUGUGGACAACGGAUCUAUAAGUCAAACCCACCAUCAGCUAAUUGGUUCUAGUCACCACCAAGUGACAUUAGUUGAGUUAGCGGUUCCAGAGAGCUCAGCUGGAUUCAUGGCGGUCACCACUACUACAACACCGGCUAUCGCUGUCUCCUCAACCAAUGGCUCCCCAGGAGUAAAUGGGCCGCUCGAUUCACAGAUUUUUGUCGAGACCCCUAGCUUCUUUAAGUCUCAUCAAAAGAGUGGGACCAUUUCUACUCUGCUCCGUAAUCCACAAACUAGGCAUGUAGCUCGUGAGUUUCUUGAUGAAUCUCUACUCAACACUGCAACCAGGACUCAUCGAAGAGCGACUGGUCUGUCAGGGUUCGACGAUUCCAGAAUCCUUUCAACGCCAGUAUCUGCAAGCACUUUGGCAUCGGCCUCACCUGCACCGAUGACGACUGUAUCGAUACCCCAGCCGAAUGAACCAGAGAAGCAACAAGUGGUGCUUAUUAAUGCGGAUGCCUCGUGCCUGGAGAAGGCCUCAAUCGUGCCGAUUUACAUGACGACAAGUUAUGGAAAGAGGUCGCCAGCCACUCUCAUCGAAGUACUUACUACCUCUACGGUCUCAGACUCUGCGGUAUCUUCGGUUGCUACUACAGUAGGCUCUGGUCUGAUGCAAACUGGCCGACAGCAACAGCAACAACAUCAGUCACUAGUACAAGCUUGUCAAGCUGAGCAGCUUUUGUCACAAAAACUUAUACCUCCACAUGGCUCAGACGAGACAAGUGGUAUUCUCUCUGACCACUCUGAUGGCAGCACCGGCUUUGCAAGUCCUCACCUGCUAACCCUUCCUCACUGCGCCGCAACAUCAAAUGCUGCUUCCAUUCUUUCGACGGGCCCUGUCCAUCUGCCAGAUUUCGUCGGUCUAGCUUCUGCUGCCAGUCUCUGUCCACAACAUGGGCACUUGCUCUUGCAACGCCAGCAUCAGAUUCACUUUCAACAGCAGCAAAAUUAUCAGACUAAUAUAAGUACACCACCCCCCAACAUGAGUGCCGCCGCCGUCUCACUUCUUCCACAAUCUAUGCAUGGCCUGGUCGCUACAGACGCCAAUCUGUUGGCCAAGCCAUCUUUGAGCUCUGAUGAGGAUCAGGAGACUUCCGCAACCCAAAUCAAAGCAGAUUAUCUGCUCGAUAAGAAGACUCCAAUGUCU